CUCUGGGCAGUCAUUCUUCAGCAGUGUCGCACUAAUUGAUCAAUUGAGUGUGUGCUGCUCCUGGAGUCUCCUGUUUCCGGUUCUUGUUUGAUUGUUUAUAUCAUUCGACCAAACACUUAAUACUUCUCAUUUCCAAGGAUGAGCCGUGCUGCACUCCGGCGGUCGAAAAGACUCAAAGAAGAUGUAGGGGAGAAUUCAAUUAGCAGUGGUCGGGAAGAGGAUACAGAUGACGACGUGUACUUGGGACAGAGAAAGAAAAAGAACAUACUUGAUUUACCAACAGAGAUGUUGACGGAGAUUCUCAACCUUCUGCAUUGGAAAGAAGAUUUGAUAGGGUUGUCUGAGACUUGCUCCGUUUUCCAUGCCCUGGUCAUGCCUGUUCUAUAUUCUGAACUUGUAGUUUUAUGGCCUGGCCAUGAACCUAAUAUUUUAGGAUUGCCUUAUUGGGACCGAACGAAAGACCCUGUGCUCUCGUUCUUGGCAAUAUUGCUUAUGAGUGAGGAAUUGGAAUGGGCUCUCGCCGACGUCGUGGUCGCAAGGGCCGCAAGGAUCGCCAGCAUUUCAUCCUACCGAAACCCGCAGCAAAGCUCAAGCAAAAGCUACUGCGGGGAAAUAAUUAUGCACAGUUUACUAGAACAAUUGAGUUUUAGAAUGGUCCUCGCGACUGGGUUGCACUGGCACUGGCUAGAAUGGUGAAUCUCAAAUCAUUUACCUGGGAUAUGCCAAGGAGGCUCAAAGCAGAUGUAUGGUCUGCACUUUUAUCAAGCGCACAUAGUCGCUUUCAG